AUGGGGCGUCCGCCCGCGUACAUCUUUGUCGUCAGGCACGGCGCUCGUCUGGACGCCGCCGAUAAGAAGUGGCAUCUCACCUCUCCGACUCCCUACGACCCUCCUUUGACCUACGGCGGCUGGCAACAAGCAAAGGCCCUCGGCAUCCGCAUCGGUAACAUCCUCCGACAGGCUGAAGCUGAUGGUGCCGCCGACCCCAGGUCUUCCAACGGUCGCGACCCUUCCGCCGACUCUCAGAAGAAGCGACGCAAGUUCAAGGUCGUUAUUCACAGCUCGCCAUUUUUGCGAUGCGUCCAAACCUCUGUCGCUAUUGGCGCCGGCCUGGCCCAGGCACCUCCCCCGGGAACUCCCUCCUACCCGAUGCCCUCGCCUACCACGAACCCUUCCGCCUCGCCCUUCAUUCUCCCGGCUGCCGUAGCUGACGAUCCCCGUCCGCUGUCCGUCGACACGAACGAGAGCAACCCCGAGUCCAGGAAGAAGAAGAUCAAGAAGUCCACUCUCCGGCUGGAUGCCUUCCUGGGCGAAUGGCUAUCGCCUGAAUACUUCGAGAUGAUCACACCCCCGCCGGGCUCUGCCAUGAUGUUGGCAGGUGCAAAGGCCGAUCUUCUGCGGCGGGAGAACAUCGGCGCUCAUGACCAAAUCGUCGAGCAUGCCCACCACCACGCCAACUCUGUUGGUCAGGCUCAGAGUCAACUCUGGAACAGCCCCAAGUUCAGGGCAGCUCCCGAGCGCUCCGACUCGGCCGACUCCAACUCGCCUUCCAUCCUCGGUCUCGAUAAUGUCUCCUCCAUGGCUGGCGCUCUGCCGCGAAGUCGUGCCGACAGCACGGCUAGUUCCUCGAGCCAGCGGGUCCGCUUCGCACUGCCAGAGCCCGCCAACCCGAACAAUCCAAGUGAUGGAUAUCUUGCCCCGAGCCCCAACUAUGCCCUAUCCUCUAGCGCCAAGAUCCCCGACGGCUAUGUGGCGCAUGCGCGGGAUGCUUGCGUCUCCGUUGACUACCAGUGGGAUUCGAUGAGGGACCCCCUGGACUGGGGCGAUGGCGGCAAGUACGGCGAGGAGUGGACGGCCAUGCACCAACGGUUUAGGAAGGGCAUCCAGAGGCUGGUGGACUGGUACACUACGGCCGAGCGUCCCGCCGAGAUGGUCACCAAGACGGUGAAGACGGCUUUCAACGGCGACACCGAGUGUGCCAUUGACGAUGAGGACGAGGACGAUGUUGAGCCGGUGGUCAUUCUAGUUUCCCAUGGCGCCGGGUGCAACGCCUUGAUCGGUGCCAUCACCCACCAGCCGGUUCUCAUGGAUGUGGCGAUGGCUUCCUUGACGGUAGCGGCCCGAAAGCCGGGCCGCGACUCCGAGCCCUCUGGGUUGGACACUCCCAUGUCAGAGGUAGACAUGGACCCCAUGUCUGGCACGAAAGGCCUCAUUCCCGUUCACCACUAUUACGAUUUGAAAAUGUUUGCCAACACCGAGCACUUGCGGCAGCCCGUGUCUGCCACCCACAACUUGUCUAGGGCUCCGUCCACCGCCUCGAACCACUCGCAGAACGGCCAGCCAUACCCGCGGGGCCGUAUUGCGUCUGUGAAUACAUAUACGCCCGGCCCCAUCACCCUUAAUCCGGACUCCUUCGCCUUCCCAGGCAGUCGGAGCAACUCGGCGAACGCGAACCUGGGCAGCAUGCGCCGCACCUCCAACAACACAUACUCCCUGCCCAGAGCACCGACGCUCAACACAACCGGAAUCACAGUCGGAAGUGGCGCGACUAGUUUCACGAAACCCUCGCCGACGCUUUCGGUUGGGCUGUGGUCGCCCAUCACGCCGCAGAAGGAGACGGAAGAGGAGGAUGAGGACGAUGACAUCUUCCCGGACUUUGACCACCGUAAGAAGCUGGCAACGCUCUCCAAGCCCGGACAGGAGAUCAUCAAGCCGCCGACGCCGGAGAGGAGGGAACCGCAGUUCGGCGGCCCCGCCAAGGUCCCGCACAGGCUGCAAGAGAUCUCUCGGCCGACCUCGAGCGACGGCACCGAUGAGGAGAACAAGAUUCCCCAGCUGGGCACGUUCAGCGCCGGCGGCCUCUGGGGAGCGCCUCGCCCGCUGGGGGAGACGGAGAUUAUGCGCGACAUGACGACUUCGAAGCGGCGAUGGACCGUCAACGAGCGCGCCUAG